GGGCCGGACCGUAACUGUGCGGCUGCUCCUACGUGACACAGAGUGGCUGUGAUCAACGUGCCUGCUCCCCAGUUCCCACUCAUGCACAGAGCUCCCCCUCCUGUGCUCUGUUCCGCCCCGGCCCCGCCCCUCCAGCACCCCAGGCUCCCGGCGCCCGUCACCUCUUCCAGAGCUCAGGCAGGCGAGGCGGGAGGAGAUUGGGAGCCGGAGCGGGCACAGGGGAGCACUGGCUGAGCUGUUGGUUCUGCCCUGGGACCCUCCAACCCCACUGCCUCCCAGUGGCCAGAGUCUCCAUCACCCUUCAAGGAUGCCCCUGCGGCUUCUGCUUCUGCUGUGUUUGUGGGGACUGCCACUCCAGAGGGCGGAGACAGAUUCUGAGGGGCAGACAACCGGGGAGCUGUACCAGCGCUGGGAGCGCUACGGCCGGGAGUGCCAGGAGACCCUGGAGGCUGCAGAUCCUCCCUCAGGCAUAGUCUGUAACGGGUCCUUCGAUAUGUACGUCUGCUGGGACUACACGGCCGCCAACACCACUGCUCGGGCAUCCUGCCCCUGGUAUCUGCCCUGGUACCGCCACGUGGCUGCAGGCUCCGUCUUCCGCCAGUGUGGCAGUGAUGGCCAGUGGGGAUCUUGGAGAGAUCACACUCAGUGUGAAAAUCCAGGGAAGAACGGGACCUUUCAGGACCAAAGGCUGAUCCUGGAGCGCCUGCAGGUCGUGUAUACAGUCGGCUACUCCAUGUCCCUGGCCGCUCUGCUGCUAGCCCAGCUCACCUUAAGUUUGUUCAGGCGGCUGCACUGCACUCGUAAUUACAUUCACAUGAACUUGUUCGCAUCUUUCAUGCUGCGGGCAGCGGCCAUCCUCACCCGAGACCGGCUGCUUCCUGCACUUGGGCCCUACACUGGGGACCAGACUCCCUCCCUGUGGAACCAGGCCCCAGCUGCCUGCCGCACGGCUCAGAUCGUGACCCAGUACUGUGUGGGUGCCAACUACACCUGGCUGCUGGUAGAGGGUGUGUACCUGCACCAUCUGCUGGUGAUCGUGGGAGGCUCGGAAAAGGGCCACUUCCGCUGCUACCUGCUUCUUGGCUGGGGGGCCCCCGCGCUUUUCGUCAUUCCUUGGGUGAUCGCCAGGUACCUGUACGAGAACACGCAGUGCUGGGAGCGCAACGAAGUCAAAGCCAUUUGGUGGAUCAUUCGCACCCCCAUCCUAAUAACCAUCUUGGUAGGGCCAGUCUCGCCUCCUCCAGGCUGUGCUCAGGGAUUUCCCAUUCUGGGGAAGCGGAGCGCCAACCUCCCGUCCCACCCCAAAACCGAAUGGCUUCUGGCUCAGUCUCUUCUCUCCUCGCAGAUCAAUUUCCUCAUCUUUAUCCGCAUCCUGGGCAUCCUUGUGUCAAAGCUGAGGACACGGCAGAUGCGCUGCCCCGACUACCGACUAAGGCUGGCUCGUUCCACGCUGACGCUGGUGCCCCUGCUGGGUGUCCACGAGGUGGUGUUUGCUCCCGUGACGGAGGAACAGGCUGAAGGCGCCCUGCGCUUAGCCAAACUGGCCUUUGAAAUCUUCUUAAGUUCCUUCCAGGGCUUCCUGGUGAGCGUCCUCUACUGCUUCAUCAACAAAGAGGUGCAGUCGGAGAUCCGGCGGGGCUGGCGUCACCGCCGCCUGCGUCUCAGCCUCCGGGAGGAGCGCCCCGGUCCGCACUUGGAGCUCAGCCCGCCGGCCCUGCCCUCGCGUCCUGCACCCCGGGAGGCCCCCAUAGGCAGCGCCUGGCCCUCCAGGUCGCUGCACGUGCCUGGAGAUGAAGUCUUGGAAAGUUACUGCUAGGUAACGGGACUCCUGUGUCUGUACACUUAGCACAUAUUGAGAGCCUACUGUGUACCAGCCCCGGUGUGGGGAAUGCUGGGGAAACGGGGGGAGAAGAAAGGAAGACAAGGUCCCUAUAUGUAUAUAUUUGUUGUGGAAUGGCUUAUGAAAGGGAUUGAGAUGUUUAGGACCACUGACAGGGAGGCCGCUUGUGAAGGAAGACGUGCCGCUUUUAAGCCAUGUUUAAAAGAAGUGGAGGCAACCUGGAGAGAUGGAGGUUCCAGUGUAAAGGCCCUGGGAACAGGAAGGAUGGAGAAGGGCUUCCAUGCCUGGAAAAAGCCUAGGCCUGCAGUCGGGGAAGAAGUGGUCAAGGGGUGCAGAAAUGGGGGUUUCCUCCCAGGUGCUGUGAAGAUUUUACAAGCCCCCCCGCCCCCCGGGAGCUGAGGACCUAACCGAACCCAGGGCCUUGCGUU